AUGAUCGAAGUGAUCUGCAAUGAUCGUCUCGGCAAGAAAGUCCGAGUAAAGUGCAACCCCGACGACACAAUCAAAGACCUAAAACUAUUAAUAGCAGCGCAGACAGGAACGAAGCCCGAGAAGAUUGUUUUGAAGAAGUGGUACAAUAUCUUCAAGGAUCAUAUCACGUUGGAGGAUUAUGAGAUUCAUGAUGGGAUGAAUUUGGAGCUGUGA